UUAAUUUGCAUUAUUUUAAUAUAUUUAAAUAAUGCAAAUUAAGAAACUUUUUACUCUAGCUUCAUCGAUCUACUAUUAUUUAAUCUUUGAAAUUCUCUCACUUAAUUUUCUUUGUUCUUUUGCAAAAAUAAAUCAUGAAAAAUCCUCAGCAAGAACAACAGAAGCUUAUUUUUCUACCAUUACCAAACAAUAGGUUAUUACACAAUUUUAUUUACAUAAUUCCUUAUUUUCUUAUUUUUGGGUGUGGCUUAAUUCUUGCUACUUCUCCGAAAAUCUUCCCAAAUAUUGAUAUUGGUGAUCUUUUUGUCACCGUUAAAGUCAUUAACAACAACAUUACAGUGGAUUAUUCCUCCUCUCCACCACCAUCAUCACCGCCAUCAACACCGCCACCGUCACAAACAGUAUUAGAUGUUGAGAAGCGGGACAGCCCGUCUCCACCGUCGCCAACACUGUCAUUGAAACACCAUCACAUGGAGGAUGAGGAGUUGCUAUGGAUGGCCUCAAUGGUGCCAAAAAACAAAGGCAAUAAUAAUAAUAAUAAUUUAGUGAAACCCAAAAUUGCGUUUAUGUUUUUGGUACGUGGAGAAUUGCCAUUGGCUCCACUAUGGGAAUUGUUCUUUCGUGGGCAUGAAGGAUUGUAUUCCAUAUAUGUGCAUGCAAAUCCUUCGUAUAAUCAGAGUUAUCAUCAGGAUUCUGUCUUUUAUGACCGAAGAAUUCCAAGCAAGGAGGUGCAAUGGGGCAAGUUCAACAUGGUUGAAGCUGAGCGUCGUCUACUAGCCAACGCCCUCCUCGACCACUCGAACCAACGGUUCGUUCUCCUCUCAGAAUCAUGCAUCCCAUUAUUCAAUUUCACAACGGUAUAUUCCUAUCUUAUAAACUCUACAAAGAGCUACGUUGAAGUUUAUGAUAAGAAAGGGGGUACUGGUCAAGGCCGGUAUAGCCCUCGUAUGAACCCUCUCAUUCGACUAUCUCAAUGGCGAAAAGGAUCUCAAUGGUUCGAGAUGAGUCGUAAGUUAGCCCUUGAAGUCAUAUCAGACCGAAAAUACUUCCCUGUUUUUGCAAAGUUCUGCAAGAACGCUUGUUAUGGGGAUGAACAUUAUUUGCCAACUUAUGUUAAUAUCAAGUUUGGGAAGGAGAAUACAAAUAGGACAGUUACUUGGGUUGACUGGUCUAUUUUAGGGCCUCACCCUGGACAAUAUCAGAGGCCUCGUGUUACGCCAACGCUAUUGGAGAAUUUGAGGACUAAAUACACUUGCAAAUAUAAUGGGAAGAAGACCAAUAUUUGCUUCUUAUUUGCAAGAAAGUUCAUGCCAAGUAGCUUGAACAGAUUGUUGUUGUUUGCUCCCAAAAUCCUCAAGUUCGGUUAAUUACUAAACAUUUGGUUCAUGUUGAACAAAAUGAGUGUAAUAAUUUUUGUGAUUUAUGAGUGUAAUGAUUUAUGUAGUUAUGCACAUACAUUCUUUUAUAAAUGAAAGCAAAUAAAUGUACCCUUGAAUCUUGAUGGUUUACUAAGCUCGAC